UAAAUCCCCAUCCGCGGUCACUCUGAACACGUGUUUGUGCCGAAGAACUGAGUUUAAACAAAAUAUCCACGUUUUUUAACAGAAAAACAAUGGUUAAAGUGAAAGUAGAACGUUCCGAGGAUGCUGAUGCGUCCGUGCAGAUCAGCGGCGAUGUCACCAUCAAGGAAGAGGAGUCUUACGACGACAAGUUGGUCUUUGUGAACGCCAUUGCAAAGCCAAUGGCAGGUAAAAAACUGGCUAAGAAGUGCUACAAACUGGUCAAGAAGGCCAUGAAGCACAAAACUUAUCUGCGCAACGGAUUGAAGGAUGUGCAGACCCGCCUGCGCAAGGGAGAAACUGGCAUUUGCAUCUUCGCUGGCGAUGUGACACCUGUGGACAUCAUGUGCCAUUUACCCGCCGUCUGCGAGGAGAAGGGCAUCCCCUAUGCGUACACCCCGAGUCGGGCGGAUUUGGGAGCUGCCAUGGGCGUUAAGCGCGGUACAGUAGCGCUCUUGAUCCGCCAGAACGACGACUACAAGGACCUGUACGAUGAGGUCAAGGAGGAGCUCUCUGGGCUGAAUAUCCCCGUCUAGACCUGUAGCCUUAGUAUCUUCUGUUAAUUAAGUACCUAGUUAAGUUAAAAGGAGUCCUAAUAAAUGCCAGAAAAUGCCUAUUUUUUGGCACCACCAAAAACCCAA